AUAAAAGCACAGUAUGCAUCUUGUUAGAUGAUAUUGUGACUCUACUCAUUCAUUCAAAAUAUUUGUUUACUAAUUUUCUUUGGUCUAUUUUAUUGAAAUUAAAUAAAAAAUUCAUCGUUCAAUUCUGUGAAAUCUAAAAUUAUUAUUUGAAAAUGAAAUUAACAAUCACUACGUUGAGCGAUUUGAUCAUUCAUCUUGAUGUGUCCGGUGAUAUGGAACUGGAGAAUUUCAAAGCAUUAUGUUCAUUAGAGACCAAUAUUGAUGCGACCAAUAUGUCAAUCUUUUUCAACGGCAAACCACUACAAGAAUCGAAUAAAACGUUGUCAUUUUAUGGUGUUCAAGAUGGUGAUAUGUUACUCGUGAAAGAUGGCCGUGGUAAUCAAACGAUGAAUAAUGCGAAUUUUCUUGGACAAUUACCUCAAAUGGAUUUUUCAUCGAUUCAAGUGCCCAAUCAUCUUGUUCAGAAUGAACGUCGUGAAGCUGAAAAUAUUUUUGCUACGCUGCGUUCAAAUCCAGAACAGGUGGCAACUUUACGUGUGAAUAAUCCGCGUUUGGCUGAAGCGUUCGACGGAGGAAUCGAAGAAUUUGCUAAAACACUUCGCAUACAACAAGAAGCUCGGGCUAAAGAAGAUCAACGUCGUAUUCGAAUGCUGUUGGCCGAUCCGUUUGAUUCUGAAGCCCAACGAAUGAUUGCCGAAGAGAUACGGCGACAGCAGAUUGAUUCAAAUAUGGAAACAGCUAUGGAAUAUUUACCUGAAAGUUUUGCCGAAGUUGCCAUGUUAUACAUUAAUUGUAAGGUGAAUGGAUUUCCAAUCAAAGCUUUUGUCGAUUCUGGUGCACAAUCGACCAUUAUGAGUAAAGCUUGUGCAGAACGAUGUAAUAUUCUACGUUUAAUUGAUAAUCGUUGGUCUGGUAUUGCUCGCGGUGUUGGUACGCAAAGGAUUUUAGGUAAAAUUCAUCUUGUGCAAUUGGAAUUAAACGGCGUAUUUGUACCAUGUUCAUUUACUAUUCUUGAACAUCAACCAAUGGAUAUGUUAUUGGGUUUAGAUAUGCUUCGCCGUUAUCAAUGUUCUAUCGAUCUCAAAGCAAAUGUUUUACGUAUCGGUACAACCGGAACAGAAACACCGUUUCUUUCCGAAAGUGAGAUACCAAAAUUUGCACGUUUAAAUGUGAAUGAAGAUAUAGCCCAAGAUGAUGUACAAAAAGCUAUACAGGAAUCUUUGAAAGAAUCAUCACCGAUGAGUGGUGUAUCAGCUCAAACUCCAUCCACUUCAGGUCAUCAAUCAAGAUCAGGCAGUAAUAGUAGUACUGGAUCACGUCAUUCUGAAGCAGAUAUUCAAGAAUUAGUAUCGAUGGGAUUCAAACGUGAACAGGUCAUAAUUGAAUUGGAUGCAUUUAAUGGCGAUAAAAAUCAGGCAAUCGCUGCAUUGUUUGCCAAAUCAAUUAUCGUGCCUGAUAACCUUAAAUGAUGAAUAGCCUCCUAUUAAAUCUCGAUUCAAAAUUUAUAUAUCUAUAAUUCUUCAAAUGGUAUAGCCAUAUUUAAUUGAUUUAUUUUUUC